AUAAAAAUUUAUAAAUAUGUUGGUACAACUUAAUUACAAAGGGGGGAAGCUAGAAAGAAAGUUGUCCUCUAUAUAAAGCUAGCUCAUUAGUACGUGGUUGUGGUCGUGGUCGUGGUUGUGAUCGUGGUGCUAAUACGAGUUUACAGUAUGGGUAGACAACCUUGUUGUGACAAACUAGGGGUGAAAAAAGGCCCGUGGACGGCCGAGGAAGAUAAGAAGCUUAUCAAUUUUAUUCUUACUAAUGGUCAAUGUUGUUGGAGGGCGGUUCCUAAACUCGCCGGACUUCGGCGAUGUGGUAAGAGUUGCCGUCUCCGAUGGACUAAUUAUCUCCGACCGGAUUUGAAACGUGGCCUUCUUAGUGAUGCCGAAGAACAAUUGGUUAUUGACCUUCAUGCCCGAUUGGGAAAUAGGUGGUCCAAAAUUGCUGCAAGAUUGCCAGGAAGAACAGACAACGAGAUCAAGAAUCAUUGGAACACCCACAUCAAGAAAAAACUCAUUAAGAUGGGAAUCGACCCGAUUACCCAUGAACCAUUAAACAAAUCGGAUCAAUCCCCAAAUACUCAAAUUAUUACUCCAAACCAAUCAUCAUCUUCCUCUAAUAACAACAAUAAUUCGGAUAUUAGCACAGCUGAAUCCUUAAACCAAACCCAAUCAUCAUCGCCGGAAACCGCUAAUAGUUUUCCGGCAAUGUCGUCGGAAAACGUUACCAAUAAUAGUCCUCCUCCUCCGACGACGGAGAAUAGCUCGAGUGUUAAUGAUAAUCAAUCUAAUGACCCGAGUUUAAUUGAAGGUAUUAACAUCGAUAAUGCGUUAAUGAGUUACUUAUGGGAUGAUACUGAUGUUACACCAUUGGAGUUGCCCUACACGUAUAAUUGUGACCAACCUUGUUUAUCAAGCAAUAACGUUGCUAAUACGUGGGAAGAUAAUUAUUCGUGGUUAUUCGAUUGUGAAGAUUUUGGUAUACAAGAUUUUGGGCUUGAUUGCUUCAAUGACAUUGAAAUUAUGAACACAUUGGAUGUGUUAGAAAUGGGCAACAAGGAAUGAUAUAUAAUUAAUUAGCGUAAUGGGUCAUUAUUGAGACGUUAUAAUCAGACGACAGUCGAGCACAAAGGUGACCAGAGAAAAAAAAAAUGUAUGUACGUACGUAUCACGUAUCACAUAUCAUGUAUGUAUAUGUAGGCAUGUAUGUCAUAUGAUAUGCUACUUGUACAAAAUUUAAGUAGCAUGUUUCCACGUACAUUAUUAUUAUUAGGUUAAUUAUUUUUCAUUUUUA